GUUCGGCCUGAGGAUCUCCGAGGCUCGCCCGGGCAGCGGCGCGCCGGGCCGGCGCGUGCCCAAGGCGUUCACGGCGCCCGAGGUGCCACGAGUGCAGCUGGUCAGCAGCGGGGCGAGGAACGGCCAGACGAGCGACGUCGAGUCGAUGAGCGACACCGAGUCGACCUUCGACGUCGUCCGGGAGUCCCCGAGGCCUUGCGGGGUGGGCGCCGGGAUCCUGCAAGAGCCUCGCGAGCCCGACCAGCCUCGGCGACCGCAAGCGCGACAGACAUCGAUGACCUCGACGGCCGUGAACCAUCUGGGCCAGAGGCCGACCAACCUCGACGACCGCAGGAUCAUCCCGUGCCCCGCGGGCCCGAGGCAGUCGGGCGGCGAGGCGGUCGGGCCCGCGCGCCCGCCCGCAGAGGCGCCCGCCCACGCCCGCCCCAGCCACGCAGGGAGGUCGCUUUCGGCGAGGCCCCCGCGCUCCGCGGGCAGCUGA